AUGCAUGAGCACGUCGUGCAAAAGUCGAUUGAAUAUGACUCACUGGUCUGGAUCGUGAGCAUCGACUUGGCCAAAGGCUUCGACUGGAUCGAACACCCUGCUCUAUUCGCCGCCAUGUCAGAGCAAAGCGCUCCCGCCGAAUACCGCACGUUGCUGCAAUGCUUGUACACAGCUAAGCGCGGUUUUGUGGAUAGCUGCCAGUUCAACAUAGAAAAUGGUGGCAGGCAGGGUGGUAAUAUCAGUCCGACGCUCUUCAACGCUGCACUGGAGGCGGUAAUGCGCCGCUGGCAGGCUCGGCUCGACAAUCACGGUAUCCCUCUCAGCCCAGAGAGCGAGCGAUAG